AUGUUGAGGGAAACGAAAGUUAAGAAGAUGUUUGAACCAUUGAUUGCUGAAUUCAGCACUUGUUUACUCGACUUUACCGACGGUCUGCUAGAAGAUAUAAUGUACCCGAGUGGUGCCCCCACGGACCUAAUCAUAUCGAAUACGCCUGUCCCCCAGGAACACAUCAACUUAUCGGAAAACCCUUGUUUGGGCCACCCAAUUCUAUUUGAGAUUGUUGCCCUGCGGAACAGGAUUACAAGGUUACAGUCUUUACACCCAGUUGACUACACACCAACUUUUUUCAAUUCACAUGCGAGGAAGUUCUUAAUCGAUGUGGAAAGGCUAUUCUUGUAUAUCGACGAGAAGUUGCAUGGAGAUUCCCGUAUAAACACAAGAUGUCAUGUUAACACGCUGCUACUGAGGGAGGCCAACGAGGUCUGUUUCAGCAAAAUUGCUGCCCAGUUCGACCAAUUCAAUAGGAUCGUGGAGUGUGUAGCAAAUGCGAACAAGAGUGCCAGCGGGGACAGAGCCACCGAGGAGCCCGCGAGAGCUCUGAGCAUGAUUUUCCUGCUCGAUUGUGUCAAACUACACAACGAUAUCAUAAAAGCGGGCAAUGUGCUAAAUGACUACUUACUGUCGCUACACAAUGGCAUCAUCAUCGAUACCGUCCCCUCACUAAAGGAGGACCUUGCAUUCACGGCGUUCAAGAAUCACAGAAAGAACUUGCUGCAUUUAGAUAAGAGGAGGGCAAUUUGA